AUGGAAAAAUUUGGUUUAGAAAAUAGUUUCCCAUAUGAACAUGGUUUAGAUUUCAGGAUGACGAGGCGGGAAAUUAUAAAUUCCACCAAAAACGAAACGGCUUAUUUAUUUUUUAAUAUGAAAAGAAUCAUGCUCUGUGUUCUGAAAUACUCUUAUACUCUCAUAAGUUCUCUUUUGGACUCCGCAAAGCUUAUUAUGGAUGACGUUGUUACCAUUGGUUCCCGAAAUUUUCCUACGAGGUUACAAAUCGAUGCUGGCGAAAACGACGACCAAGAGGAUAUCUGGGCAUCAACAAUAAUUCUGGGAAUAAUUAUCGGAUAUUCAAUAUCUUGUUUUGGAAAAAGGGCUAAAAACCCAAUCAAAUUGGCUAAAGUUUAUUCUAAACAUAGCGAACCGAUAUCUAUAAUAAUAAAUUUCAUGAAAAACGAUUCCAGUGGUGGUAGUGAUCCUAUUGGAGGAAACGAUACCGAAGAAGUUAUGGGUUCACAACUUGAUGAGUCUGUCCUUAACAGCCAUAUACCAAACAUAGAGAUUAUGGAUGAAACAGAUCAAAUACUUAAGCAAGACUUCUAUGAGAUUUAUGAUCCAUUGAACGGUGAAACUGCAACUAUAGAUGGCGUAAAAUGGUUAAACCAAUUAAGUCAGGUCUUUGAAGCAGAGUCCAAUAGUAUAACAACUGAUAACUUGAGAGAAGUACGUCUUGAAAGAACUAUCAGGCGCUACAAUGAAAGGCAUGGACCGGUUGGGCAUUUAAUAGGAGAUGAUAGUGUCAGGCUUCGUCACCUCAAAGAGGACAUUUAUAGGACUAAUGCAAGUGCGGGUAGGUUUCCCGUUCAGAAUAAUUUUUUCACUAUGAAUGGGCAAGCAUAUUUGCUUUGUUUGCGUGGGCAUGAAUUGGUAAUGAAAGCGGAGUUAUGUGCCAAGAUUGAUAAAGAAUUAUUUUCCUUCUUCAUUGAAAGCGUCUCAUUCAGGGAAAGUGGAAUACUUGAGCAGAAACAAGACCAGUUGGAAGAGGUGACUCAUAAAGAGAUUAUUUGCUAUGAUCAAAACCGAAGUCUGGCUAUAAUUUACCAUUUGCCUAAAAUCGAGAAGCAAAGAAAUCCCCUCACAAAACCAAGUAUGCCAACCUUUUCAAAAAAAUCGUUAAGUGACAAUAAAAAUGCAGCAUUGAUUUUAUUAUGGUAUUCCGGCCAUCUAUAG